AUGAGCUUACGACAGUGGACCGGCGAACAUGCCGUGUUAUCUGAAAGACACACAGACAAGCUGAUUUCUGCCGUCUUGACGAGCCGUCCGGCGGCUCCUGUCCCUUACCCACCUUCCCAUCUCGUUUGUCGCAGCCUCCUGUCCACACACCCCCAUAUUUGCAAGCGUGCUCGACGGUCCCGGCUUAAUUCUCACCUUUCACGACCAGCCUCGCGCUCCCGACCACUCGAGCCGACUUUGACUCUUGAGACCAGCUAG